AUGCAUAUGGAACGAUGUAUCUAUAUUAUAUAUCUCGAACAACGUUUCUCAUUGUCAGUUCGUAUUAUUGUAACCAUAGUUUUUUCUUUAAUCUAUACCAUCUUUAUGGCUGUUAUUCUAUAUGGACCUAGUUCAGCAUUAAGUCAAGUUACUGGACUGCAUACUUGGCUGACUAUCGGAUCCUGUGGAUUGAUUUGCACAUUAUAUACAAGCAUUGGCGGAAUGAAAGCCGUGAUUUGGACAGAUGUUUCACAAUCUAUUUUGAUGUUUCUUGGUUGCAUCGAUGCUGGUGGCAUAGCGAAAGUUUUUCAAACAGCUAUGGCUGGUGAUCGCAUAAACUUUUUCAUAGUUGCUUGGAUCAAUUAUGCCUUGUUCGUAACUAUGCUUAUUCUAUGUGCUGGCGUUGGAUUCGUCCUCUAUGCUACGUAUAGUCACUGUGACCCUCUUCGAGCUAAUCUUAUUUCGAAACCGGAUCAAUUGUAUCCUCUGUUUGUUAUUCAAACAUUUGGACGAUUUCCAGGCUUGACUGGUCUUUUUGUUGCAAAAUCUCGCGAAGAAUCUGGCUUUAAGAUAAUAGCAACAAUUUCUAAAACUCGUUAA